AUGAUAGACAGCACCGAAAUCAAAAAUAAACUCGUCCUAUUAACCGGCGCUUCAGGAGGCAUCGGUGGAGCAUGCGCGGCGCAAUUUGCUGAGGCUGGCGCCCAUCUCGCCCUCACAUACUCAACCAACAUUUCCAGCCUCCAAACCCUCGCCACCUCACUCCAAAAGCUUUAUCCCAGCCUUCGAGUCUCAUUUCAUCAAGUAGAUUUAACCCUAGAAGAAAGUAUCGAAAAGCUAUUUGAGGAGGUUAAAGGGAAGCACGGUGCUGAGAUAGACAUCUUGGUCAGUAAUGCUGGGUAUGGGAUGAGGAUUUCUGAGAUCUGGGAUAUCCCAACAAGUGAGUUUGAUAAGAUGAUGGAUAUCAACUUGAAAGCGUCAUUUCUCCUCGUGAAGGGUGUUAUCGGGGGAAUGAAGGGCCGGAAAUGGGGAAGGAUUAUCUUCAUCUCAUCGAUUGCGGCGUAUGGAGCCGGGAUUAAUGGAUGUCAUUAUGCAGCGUCCAAGGGCGGCCUAAAUUCUAUGAUGAUGAAUCUCUCCUCGCACUUGGCGGAGUUCAACAUCUCAGUAAACAGCAUAUCCCCCGCCAUGGUCGGUGGUACAGGUAUGCUUCCGGAUGAAUCAUCAGUUCCGGGAGUUGUAAAGACAAUUCCGCUAGGGAGACUUUGCAAGCCGGUUGAGGUCGCGAAUGCGGUGAGUAUGUUCGCAUGUACGGGAUUUGUUACGGGGCAGAGUUUGGUAGUUGCUGGUGGGCUAAAGCACUUGUGA